CUCUAUUUAGGAAAUACAGGCCCAGGGACAGGGCCACCGUCAGGCAAAGGAAAGUGAUUGCCUCUAGCUGGAAACCAAAGCCUCUAUCAGGACAGAGAAGCACAGAGCUUGUACUGGUUUGAGGGAUACCAUCUUCUCAAGCAGCAAAAUGCUUAACAUUGGACAAUCUGGCAAAAAGAGAAGUGUCUCUCAUUGAAAAAUUGACCAGUUAUAGAUGGAGAAUCAGACUUAGGAAGACACCUUCUUGUUGUUCAGGCUGAGAGCAGUGGAGCGUUCUGGGAAACAACCACACAGCAGAGCCUGAGGAAAGAUAUGCUCAGUUCAGAUCUACAGCACCAGUUCUUCAGGCAGUUCUGCUAUGAGGAGGCAGAAGGGCCCAGAAAAGUUUACAGCCAACUCCACUGUCUGUGCUGCCAAUGGCUGAAGCCAGAAAGGCACACAAAGACUCAGAUGUUGGACCUGGUGGUCCUGGAGCAAUUCUUGGCUGUCCUUCCCCCAGAGAUGAAGAACUGGAUCAGAGAGUGUGGAGCGGAAACGAGUUCCCAGGCAGUGGCCCUAGCGGAGGGUUUCCUUCUGAGCCAGGCAGAGGAAAAGAAGCAGCAAGAGCAGAAGGACUUGAUUAUGAAAGGAACAGCUGAGGCAGAGAAGUGUCCUUCUGAAACCAAGUGGAUCAUGGCAGACCAGGACGGAGUCUCCAGCUCAGUGGGAGAUGAAACAGGGGCAUUGACAAUGCAGACUAGUUCAUCUCAUAGUAAUGAUACUCUUCAUGCAGCUCCAGUGAGAUUGGAUCAGGUGACCUUUGAAGAGGUGGGUGUGUUUUUCAGUGAGGAGGAGUGGACCUUGCUGGACCCAGGACAAUGGGCCCUGCACAGGGAAGUGAUGGAGGAGAAUUUGGGGCUUGUGUCCUCUCUGGGUGAAGAGGAGCAACUGGUUGAGAACGAAAGGGAACCAUGCAGGGUGUUGUCUGAAAGAUCCAAAUUUCAACAGACAGAAGAGAAUGGAAGAAACUUUGACCCUCAAGAGAAGAGGAAGAGCAAAGCAUCAUCAUCUCAUGGUGCUGGAUCCUGUGGAAUCUCAGCUGGAGAAGUAACACAAAAAGGAAAAGAAAAUAAUACAUAUAUUUGUCUCCUGUGUGGGAGAAAUUUCACUUUUAAGGCAAGCCUUAACUGUCAUAUGAGAACACACACAGGGGAAAUACCUCUUAGUGGAGGUGAGUUUGGAAAGAUCAUCAGUGUUAGGAAAGCCCUGAUUUCCCAUCAAAGAAUUUACAUGAGAGAGAAACCAUUUAAAUGCUUGGAGUGUCGAAAGAGCUUCCGUCGGAAAGCACACCUUACUUAUCAUCAAGCAACUCACACCAGACCGAAAUCGUUUAAAUGCUUGGAGUGUGGAAAGAGCUUCAAUCAGAGGUCAUUCCUCAUUUAUCAUCAAAGAAAUCAUACAGGAGAGAAACCGUUCAAAUGUUUGGAUUGUGGAAAGGGCUUCAGUCGGAAGACACUCCUCAGAUGUCAUCAAGCAACACACAAAUCAGAGAAAGUAUAUAAAUGCUUGGAGUGUGGAAAGGGAUUUAUCCAGAAGAUGCACCUCACUCGUCAUCAAGAAACUCACACAGGGGAGAAGCCAUUUGAAUGCUUGGAAUGUGGAAAAAGCUUCAGCCGUAGGCAUACCCUCUCAAGUCAUCGAGCAGUUCACACGGGGGAGAAACCAUUUGAAUGCUUGGAGUGUGGAAAGACCUUCAGACGAAAGACAGAUCUCACUUGUCAUCAAAGAAUUCAUACAGGGGAGAGACCAUUUCAGUGUUUGGAAUGUGGAAAGAGCUUCCGUCGGAAGAUAUACCUCACGUAUCAUAAAGCAAUCCAUACUGGACAAAAACCAUUUAAAUGCUCAGAGUGUGGAAAGGGUUUCAUUCAAAAAACACACCUAAUUUCUCAUCAGGCAAUUCACAUCAGAGAGAAAUCAUUUAGAUGCUUUGAGUGUGGAGAAAGCUUCAAUGAGAAAUCACUCCUCAUUUAUCAUCAAAGAAGUCAUACAGGGGAGAAACCAUUUAAAUGUUUAGAGUGUGGAAAGAGCUUCAGUCAUAAGGCACUCCUUACUUGUCACCAGAUAGUUCAUUCAGGGGAGAAACCAUUUCAAUGCUCGGAGUGUGGAAAGAGCUUCAGUCGGAAGACAGAACUCACUAGUCAUCAAAGGACUCAUUCUGAGGAGAAACCAUUUCAGUGCUUGGAGUGUGGAAAGAGCUUUUGUAGGAAGACAGAACUUACUUAUCAUCAAGCAACUCACACAGGGGAGAAACCAUUCCAGUGCAUGGAAUGUGGGAAAAGUUUCAUUCGGAAGAGAAGCCUCACUCGUCAUGAAGUAACUCACUCAGGGGAAAAACCCUUUAAAUGCUUGGAGUGUGGAAAGAGCUUCAGUCAGAAGGCACUACUCACUUGUCAUCAAGCAAUUCAUACAGGGGAGAAAUCAUUUAAAUGCUCUGAGUGUGAAAAGUGUUUCAGUUGGAAGACAAACCUAAUUCGUCAUCAAGCAACUCACAUGGGAGAGAAACCAUUUAAAUGUUUCGAGUGUGGAAAGAGUUUCAGUCAGAAGACAUAUCUCACUUGUCACCAAGCAACACAUACAGGGCAGAAACCAUUUAAGUGUGAACAGUGUGGUUAUUGCUUUAAUCAGAAGGCACACCUCAAUCGUCACCAAGCAACUCAUACUGGGGAGAAAAUGUUUGAAUGCUUGCAGUGUGGAAAGAGAUUCAGUCAGAAGACAGAUCUCACCUAUCAUCAAAGAAGUCAUACAGGGGACAAACCAUUCAAAUGCUUACAGUGUGAAAAGAGCUUCACUCGGAAGACGCACCUCACUUGUCAUCAAAGAAUUCAUACAGGACAAAAACCAUUUACAUGUUUUGAGUGUGGAAAGAGCUUCAGUCAGAAGGCAAACCUCAUUUGUCAUCAACGAAGACACACAGGGGAGAAACCAUUUCAUUGCUUGGAAUGUGGAAAGAGCUUCAAUCAGAAGUCACUCCUCAUUCGUCAUCAAAGAAGUCAUACAGGGGAGAAGCCAUUUCAGUGUUUGGAGUGUGGAAAGAGCUUUAGUCAGAAGUCACGCCUCACUUGCCAUCAAAGAAGUCAUACAGGGGAGAAGCCAUUUCAGUGCUUUGAGUGUGGAAAGAGCUUCAGUCGGAAGACAGAUCUCACUUGCCAUCAAAGAAGUCAUACUGGAGAAAAACCAUUUCAGUGCGUCGAAUGUGGAAAAGGUUUUAUUCGGAGGACAGAGCUCACUUGUCAUCAAAGAAUUCAUACAGGAGAGAAACCAUAUCAGUGCUUGGAGUGUGGAAGGAAUUUCAUUCAGAAGACACACCUCACACGUCAUCAAACAACUCACACCAGAGAGUAACAAUUUCAGUCACUAGUGAAGUCCAGAUGGCUCCACCAUAACAUUGGCCUGUUACAGACUGCCAAAAUAAAGCUGCUUCAGGUCUCUUUGGAGGUAUGCUAUUUAAAUG